AUGGAGGAAGCGAUCAAAGAGGACACAGUCCUUGUCAUUCUAGGAGCAUCCGGAGAUCUUGCAAGGAAGAAACUGGGCGAACAGGAGCGUCGCACUCUAUUGCCCCCAUCAUUCCGAAUCGUGGGCUUUGCACCCGAUGAAAUCAAUGAAGAAGACUUCAACAGCAUCGUCUCCGCCAGAGCCAAAAUCGAUAGCCCUCGAUAUGCCGAGCAACUGAAAGAUUUCAAGAAACGAUGUAGUUACGUUUCCGGCCACGAAGGUGGUGAGAAGUCAUUUCAAGCACUCGGACGGAGACUAGAUACUUUGGGUGAGAACAAAAAGGAACAGCAUUCGCUCUUUUACAUGGCUUUGCCUCCAAAGGCCUUCGAGUCUGCAAGCGCCGGCCUUAAGAAAUUCUGCUGCUCGGCGAGGGGCGACAAUAGGAUCAUUAUUUCAAUGUGUGAAUGCAUUGGAGUGGAAGGCCGAGGCGGCUACUUCGAAUCGAGUGGCACCAUUCGAGAUGUCAUGCAGAACCGUAAGGCUUUAUCCUUGCGUCUCGAUUUGCGGGCCGACGCUUACAAAGAUGUAGAUAUGAUGCAAAUACUUGCUCUUUUCGCCAUGGAGCGGCCAAAGUCCUUUCGUGCGCGCGACCUUUGUGACGAAAAGACUCGAGUUCUUGGAUGGAUGCCACCCAUUGAUCACCAACGUACUAUCAUCGGCCAGUAUGCAAGAUCUGCCGACGGCUUCAAACCUGCAUUCCGAGAUGAGGACGGUGUGCAAGAAGGGUCAAGAUGCGUGACAUUCUGCGCCGCAGAGGCCCGUAUCGAGAAUGAACGCUGGGCCGGCGUGCCAAUUCUGCUAAAAGCAGGCAAAGCCUUAGAUAAGUCGGAAGCGACCAUCGUAAUUAAUUUUCGUCAAACACCAAACGCCUCCAUCAUUGGAGAGCUAGCGCCCAAUCGAAUGACGAUUCGUGUGCAGCCUGAUGAAGCCAUGUUUCUCACAAUCAAUGCUUUGGUACCACACUUGGAUAUCAAGACCGAAGCUAUCGAUCUUGAUCUGUCAUAUCGAGGUCAGGACAUUCCUGAAGCGUACGAAGCCUUACUACUCGAUGCUUGCAAAGGAGACUUCUCGCGCAGCGUAAGGGCCGGCGAGGUUGAUGCGAGCUGGGAAAUUUUCACGCCAUUACUCAACUACCUUGAGGACAACAAAGUUGUGCCCAGAGAGUAUGCCUACGGUAAGCUCUCGCUCAGCCCCGUCGCGGUAAGAUCUAAAGAGACUGACGAAAGCAGGAUCGACGGGGCCCCAAGGGGCCCAGGGCUCCUCGAUCUAGCAAUUGCACUCGUUGUACUUGAAACGUGCUUCGUAGCCCUUUAUUUUUUCUCCCGAACUCUCAGUAAAACGGCCAAAGGGUGGGAUGUGUAUCUUAUGUUGCCGGCUUACAUCUUCAAUCUUGGUCUCAUUACUUGCGUCUUUAUCAUGAUUGAGCAUGGUCGUCUCGGACGGUAUAUGGGAUUCGGCAUGCAAGACAUUACGCAUCGAUUCCAAAAGCUGCGAUUGAUUACUGCCAUUGUUCGCCUAGUCAUUUUCUACCGACUUGAGAAAAAGGUUCGAAGUCAAUACUACGAUACAAUUCCUCUGUACACCUGGACCAUCGUCGAGCCCGGCGUUUACCUCAUAGGUGCCACACUGCCAUUUAUGCGGCCGCUUUUACGGCGAACCUUCGAGACUUUCAAGUUAUCUACGCUCUAUGAGAAAACCUGUGAAAUUUACAAGUCUAGGUUUGUAAGAACGAGACAAACCGAUAGCUCUUCAGCAGAAAAGGGGCUUGAUCUGACACCCCAGCACACGAAAGGCGAAUCAAAUGAUAAUAACGGUAAAGACACAGCCUACGUAGUAGCGAUGCAAAGCCCACCAAAGGUAUACGUUGGUCCAAAUACGAGAGCUGCAGCCCAUGUGGACACAAAUCAGGAGAAUGAAAAGGCGAGGAUAGAAGCAGCAACUCGUUUGGCAUACCGAUGA